CACAAUGUUCUCAACAAACGUCUGUAAUAUAUGCUGUUCAGCGUGUUCCUCUGAAGUCCCCCCAGCCUUGUUGAUACUUUUCCAAGAAUUAUCAGUAAAUUUUUUGUAGAUGUAGUCAUCUUCUAAAGAGUAUACCACUGUCACGUAAGUAUAUUCUUUGAAAGCGUCCGAGGGGCAUAUUUAGCUCUAUGUAUUAUUCUGUAAAAAAUGUGAAUUCCACUUCAUUGCAAAGCAACAUACUAUAAGAAAACAAAGAUGCGUGCCGUAAUCGUGAAUCAGUUGUCCAAAUCCUGUGAGAUCGGAACGGUUGCAAAACCGUUGCUGAGCAAAUCUCACAGCAUCCUUGUCAAAGUUCACUACACGGCUGUUAACCGUGCGGACUUGCUGCAAAAGCAAGGGAAAUACCCGCCGCCAGUUGGGGCUUCGGACAUCCUAGGACUCGAGUGCAGUGGGGAAGUCGUCGAUAUCUUGUGUCCAGAAGGAAGUGCUGGGGAAGUAGAACAAAAUGGGGGUCAAGGGAAGACACAGAGUAAGAAAUUCGCUAUAGGAGACAGAGUUAUGGCGUUGCUGGAAGGUGGCGGAUACGCGGAGUACGCGGCCUGUGCGCCAGGCAGUUUAAUGCGAGUUCCCGAGAGUUGGACUCUACAACAAGCCGCUUGUGUCCCUGAGGUGUGGUUGACGGCAUACCAACUGUUGAGGAGAGUCGCGAACAUGCAGCCAGGCGAAAACGUGCUGCUGCAUGCAGGUGCGUCAGCGGUGUCAUUGUUAAGAAUCGUGGAACUGGUGCGUCAGGUUUUUAGAGUUGAGAACAAGCAAAUCAAAUUUUGAGUUUGUGAGAAUCAAAUUUUAGGACUUCUUCUUCUUCUUCUUCUUCUUCUUCUUCUUCUUCUACUUGAAGAUGGACAUUUAGGAUGGACCCUCAUUUUUAGGACUAAGCACAGGAUAGAAAGCUACUACUUAUAAUCAGUCGGCUUUUCAGUUUCUGUCUUUCAAUUUGCUAAAAAUGAAGGGAUCCUCAUUUAGUACAACCAACAUCUCCACCACCUUCCUGCUCUAAAUUUCGCCGCUGCCCAACUGGGGAGUGAGGUAUUUCACGCGAACAGCGUCGUAGCAUUGACGAGGAGCAGGGAGAAAAUCCCUCUUUGCGAAAGCAUGGGAACAAGAGCUGUCUCCGGGAGACUCCGCGACGAAUUUUUUGCCGAGAUGCCGAGAGCAGAGCUUUUUGACGUGGUUUUAGAUCCGAUUGUGGUUAUGGCUUGUGGAAAUGGUGUACUGCAAUAUAGCUAGAAGACUGGUAGGAACUGGUGGUGCUGAGUUCUAAGAAAGGGGCUAUCGAAACAGAAAACAAGAGGACGCGGUAUUAACAACACAACACAAUACCUCCAGGUCCAGUUGCCACCGCUUCUAAUCUCCGAGAAAACUUCUGGCCAUGCCUGUCCGAAAUGACGCGUCGGGAUGCUAGAUACGUGGUCUACGCCUCAAUGGGUGGACCCAAGGUCCCGGACUUCAAUUUUGGUCCUGUUUUUCGCAAAUCCCUUUCGAUCCUGACAUCCACGUUGCGUGCUCGCAGCCUAGAAUACAAAGCGGCUUUGGUAGCGGAUUUUGAGAAGGAUGUUUAUGAUGAUUGGGGUUUUUUUUUUGUGUGACCACUAUUGUAGAUUCUUCAACAAGAUUGAUGUUCUUUUUUUGAUUUUUGCAGGUGCUAGAAGACGACGACGGACCCGUUGUUUGCCACAAUGUAUUUUAUGAUGAGAAUCUUCAGAAUUUGCUCUUGGUAGAAGAUUUGGGUUCCGGAUUUGUCUGAUCAGUCUGUGCCAGUGUGAACUCGAUGCUCUUUUGCUCCCCCUACGUCCCUUCCUCGACCCAAAAUUCUAAUCUCCUUUGCAUCCUUUCCUGUCUCCCGGACGACUGAAGUUGAAUCUGGAUACCGUUUUUCCGCUAGAAAGGGUCACGGAAGCACACGCAAGACUGGAAAACAACGAUACGGGUGGAAAGAUAGUACUGGCGCUUUGAGGUGGCCUUAGUGAUUUGGAUUAUGCAUGUUUGGCCUGAGACCCAAGCUGGGAGGAAACAAAGAUCGCAAGAGCAAAUGUUAGAAAAUUUUCAAAAAGAAUUUCAGGUGGACGGAGUUGCAGUAGAAAAAAACUUAGCCGGAAGUUGUCUGUCUGUUCAAUUAUAGAUCAUCAAGAUGAUACUUCUCCGGGAUACCCUCCUGACCUCACGACUAGCUGCACAGUUCGUUUACUGUUACACCCGAAAGAAGCGCAUGUGAGAUUGAAACGUAUAUGAGAUGCGCUAAGUGAAUUGACGGUGUAUCAUGGAAAGGCGUUUGUCAAAUGGCGA